CACAGUGUGCACUUCCGAUAAGCAAAGAUGGCGGCACGUCAGUUGUGGAUGUUUCUAUGAACUUCUUUAAUUUGCUCUUUAUUGCAAGUUAAUUCCUUAUCUUCUCAAAAUAUGUUAAUAGUGAUAGUGGCUCUGCUGCUUUGAUGGGUUUUGUUUGAGUUUCUUAUCGGAUUUUUCUGGGAAGGAAAAGACAAAAGUGACGAGACCUGUUAACUAAAUAUUUAAUAGUCAUUAAGUCAGUAUGAAGGAGACUCUCACGCUGCUUCACAGGCUCAGCGCACACCCGGACUCUCGGUGUUGGUUUGUCGCUUGGAGCCCAAACGGGACUCUGCUGGCUUCGUGUGGCGGGGACAAGGCCAUCCGGAUCUGGGGACGCGAAGGAGACUCCUGGGUUUGUAAGAGUGUGCUGGAGGAUGGACACCAGCGCACCGUGAGGAAAGUGGCCUGGUCUCCAUGUGGAAAUUAUUUGGCCUCUGCCAGCUUUGAUGCAACUACAUGCAUCUGGAAGAAGAAUAACGAGGGUUUUGAGAGUUUGACAGUGUUGGAGGGACAUGAAAAUGAGGUCAAAUGUGUGGCGUGGGCUCCAUCAGGGAACCUCCUGGCCACAUGCAGUCGAGACAAAAGCGUUUGGAUCUGGGAAGUGGAUGAAGAAGAUGAGUAUGAGUGUGUCACAGUUCUAAACUCUCACACACAAGAUGUUAAGCAUGUAGCGUGGCACCCGACCCGAGAGCUCCUGGCUUCGGCCAGCUACGACAACAACAUUUGUAUUUACAAGGAAGAAGACGAUGACUGGGAAUGUCGCGCUACUUUGGAAGGACACACCUCCACCGUCUGGAGUUUGUGCUUUGAUGCAACUGGACAGAGGAUGGCGUCCUGCAGCGAUGAUCGCACUGUGAAGAUUUGGAAAGAAUAUCCCUCUGAGAGUGGUGACACGUCCUGGAAGUGUGUUUGCACUCUGUCUGGGUAUCAUGGACGAACAGUGUAUGAUGUGUCCUGGUGUCCGCUGACUGGCGCCCUGGCAACUGCCUGCGGUGACGACGCAGUUCGAGUUUUCAGAGAGGACGUGACCUCUAAUCCAGAAGAACCUGUGUUCUCGCUGGUUGCUCAGGUAACCAAAGCUCACAACCAGGACGUUAACUGUGCUUCCUGGAACCCGAAAGAAGCUGGAAUUCUUGCCUCCUGCAGCGACAACGGAGAACUUGCCAUUUGGAGGUUCAAAGAAGACUGAUUCAGUGACAAAUGCACCGAAGUGCUUUUGGUUUUAGAUCUCAUACUGGGAACUUUAUCUUUAAGGCACCACAUCUGUUAUUUCAUGGCUUGAUUAAUCUCGUUUUAAUUUUUGUGAUCGGAAAACCGCUGCAGCUCAUCUUGUACAAUUUUUAAAAAUGGCUUAAUCAAACAUGUUUAUGAAUAAAUACAAAAACACAA